GCCGCACUGGCAGUGGCGCUCAGAGCUCGCCGCUCAGUCAGUCAGGCGCAGCGCGUCCCAGCGGCGCGAAAACACACGCUCUACAGCAGCCGCCGACACGAACGAGACGCCGGCGCCCCCGCCCCUCGACGACCUCUCACCGCCACGCUGCCCCACAACAGGUGGGCCAUGUCCGCGCGCAGCGCCCCGUCGCUGCCGCUUCUCGUGCUGGUGGUGGGGAGCGCGCUGUGGCAGGCGGUACCCUGCCACGCCUCCUCCGGGACCCCAGACAGCCCGCGACCGUCGCGGACGCUGUCCCGCCAGAAGAGGCUCCUCUGGGUCACCAACGACGGCCGCCUAGCCCUGCCGCCGGGCACCUCGCUCGUCAUCACGCCGUCGCUGUCGCUUCCCUUCGUGCGGUACCCCCCGGACGGGUUCCUCUCCAACAUGUCCAUCAGCUUGCCUUUCACCAUCGACUUCGACAAGCUGGGGCUGACGGACAACCAGAACCCGUACGGCGUGCUGCCACCGCUGCUGGCGCGUUCCAUGGGCCGCAUGACGGGCCAGCUGCUGGCCGACUACCUCUCACAGCUGCUCUCCAGGAGGCGCUCCGGCCGCUCCCUGCCGCCGCCCAAGGCGCCGCCCAACGCCAACUUCCACGGAGGCGAGAGAGCUCUUCUUUAUGCUGCUGUGGAGGAUUUCCUUUCGAGUUUCGGGAUGGAUGGUCACGCUUGCCUUCUUAGAGCAAUCUGUGAGGUCCACGGGCACUCUGUGGAACGCUUCGGCCUACUAGGAGAAAUGCUGAAGCUUUUCUUCACAGCAAGCAGAUCGCCUUUUUCAAGCGUGUUAACAGAGUAUGUGGAUGCUGAAAGAGCCGGAGAAGAAGAUGGUGAAUGCUGGCGAUACUACAAGGAUUGUCCGAAGAGCCUCUUCCAAGCACCACCAAAUAAAUAUUCGAAGGAUUUAGCAGACAAAACAGAAGACGAAGAAAACGAGAUACAAACCAGAGACACUCAAAAAGUAACGCUGGAUAAUCCAGGCAGCAAGUUCAUGUGAUUGUUGAGGAUCAACAGAUAUUUUGUUGUCGAAUUGUUUAACUAAUAGAUUUUCAUGAAAAUGUGUUUUUUAAACAUUUGACAGCAGUUAAGUGACAUAUUUAAGCUCUCUCAGUUCAGAAGCUUUAAGUCUAGUCUGCAUUGAUGGUAGACACCAUUCAUUCAUUACUCAUUGAAGUACUAUUUAUUAUUUAUUUCAUUUAACAACAUUAUUAAGUUCAUCAUCGUCAUUGUUAAUGUAUAUUGCUCAACAAUUUAUUUGUUAAAGAAACUUUAGUAAUUAUGUUUCUUGUCCAUUGCUUUUAGCAGUCGUAUAUGAAACAAGUCAGAUUAAGAAGUUCGGUGUUCUUAUUGCCUUCUUUGCCUUGUAGCAGUGGAGUGCAAAUCGCUAAUGAAACACACUGCUGCAUCAGCCUGUAAUGUAAAUAUAGUCUUAGAGUAUUUACAUAUUGUCUAUUUGUCACAUACGAUUGUUCUGUGUAUGUAUGUGCAGAUGUGUGUAUGUAUCUGUGCGUGUGUGUGUUUGUGUGUGUGUGUGUGUGUGUGUGUGUGUGUGUGUGUGUGUGUGUGUGUGUGUGUGUGUGUACAAAAUACAGAUGUAUUUUGAAACUUUUCUUGUUUGAGAAUGGUAUUCAUAUUCCUGUUUUCUUUUACAAUGCAAACAAUAAAUGACAUCAGUUGUUUUACUGGUCAUAGUACAGUUGUCGUACUGACACAACCAUGAUUUGUAAAUUCGUGUUCUUGAUAUAAUAAUAUUUAUUUUGUAAAUUUUGAUAUAUCGAUUAACAUAAUUUCAAAAGUUGUACAUACAUUAUUUUUACAAAGAAAAAUUGAGGUUCAUAUAUAUUGGUUAAUGACAGCUACAAAUUAAUUCUGGCAAUAAAUGAACCAAUUUCAAAUAAUACCUUUUUAAUUUUUUGAUACCACCUCUGCUGGUUGUAACAAAUACAAUGACUUUGCCAAAUUUAAUUAUGUUUAAAAUAUUCAAUUAUUUCAGUUCAACAAGUUACUGCAUCAAAGUUUAACUUAUUAGAACUGGACCUACAAUUUAUCCCACAAUUUGUUUUUCCAGAUUAAAAAGUUAUCCUAUCCAGUUUGAGGUUCUGGUAAUUUAAAUCCUUUGUAAUGAAUAGGCAGGCACAUAUCAGUUUCAAAAAAUUCUUUGUGUGUGAUUCAAUCGUUGGAUUUCACAGUGAUCCUUUCCAAGUAUGGAUACAAUGUGAAGAAUUUUCCUGUUCAAUGUGUUCAUCAUAAAAUUAACAC